GUGUGAGAAAAGGGGGAAAAAGAUCCCAGAACAAUCCAGGUCGCCGCUAACCGGAAGUCUGCUGGAUAACGGCAUAUGUAUACACAGAUAUGGGAAAAGCUAGUAAGAGUGCACGCUUCAGGAGCGUUAAGAUUAAGGUGGUGAGGAGGUGUAUUGCUGGCCGUGCAAAGGUUUCUUACCUUAGUCAAGGUCUUCCCCAACCCAGCGCCAAACAGACCCACCCUUCAGACCCUUCCACAUCUGUUACACCUCAGGUUGAAUCUGAUGUGGCACCUAGUUCAUGUUCUGAGACUGCAUACAGUAAGGCAAAGAAGAGAGAGAUUCAUGCCUGGGAUGCAGUCAAGGAUGACAUGCUUAAGGUGUCAUUUAAAUGUUCAGCACCAAUCACUACGCAGUGUGUUGUCUGCCUAGAAGAUGCUGAUUAUAGGUGCAUUGAGUGCAGCACAACUGCAGUCUUUUGUGAGGCUUGUCUGAAGAGGACUCACAGAAAUUCACUGCACCUACCUGAUAAGUGGAAUAAUGCCUACUAUGAGCCGUUUUCCCUGGGGUUAUUCCUAUACUUACCUGAAGGCCAUAGCACCCAUGCUGUGUACAUGAAGGACAUGAAGGUCAUUAUCAGCACAGGACAGCUCUGCACCGUCACUGUCAAUAUGUGUGCGUGUGAACCAGAAGCCUGCACUCUGCUAAGGUAUGGGCUCUGGCCAGCAACAGCCGACAAGCCCCAGACAGCCUUUUCCAUCCCUCUGCUAGAGCUUUUUGUUUGUCUGUCACUCGAGUGUCAGGUUUCUGUUGAGGGUUUUUGCAACACCCUACGCUGGAAAAACAACCUUACACUUGCAGAGGUUAACGCACUCUACAGAGCCCUGGUGGGAGAAUCCAUAUCCCAGUUUAGGCAUUACCACUUUCGACAAAGAAGUUUGGUAGAUGUUUGCCCACACUUAGAUGAUGGGACCACAUGCCCAGCAUGUCCAAAGGCAGAUGGAGAUAUGAUAGUGACAUUGAAUGCCAACUUUGGCCUUGUGCGGAAGCAAAGCUCAGGGACAAGUGUGGUUGAGCCAUUUCAUGGAACCCGCAUGUUUGUUGAUGAAAAGGAUGUAGAGGAAUACCUUCUUUAA